AUGGCUCAAUUCAUGAGGGAUCCGGCCGUCAUCGAGGCCGACAUUAUCGCCAUUCAGGAGCCCUGGAAGAAUCCAUUCAGCAACACGACACAUCAUCCGGCGAAAGACACACAUGAAUUACUAUACCCGGAGAUAGGAGGAGAGGGGGAGGAGAGAGCACGAGUCUGUAUGUUUGUUUCGAAGAAGCUCACCGGAUGGGCACACACGGUCCACAGCAGGGACGUGCAAGAACUAAACAUCAACACACUCACGGGCAACCUGCGCAUCAUGAACGUCUACAACGAUAUACACACCCACGCAGCGCUACACCUUUUGCCAGCGUUGCUUCCUGAGACGAGCAGCAACAACAGCAUGUAUAUAGUAUUGGGGGAUUUCAACCUACACCAUCCAUGGUGGGGAGGGGAAGGCGUGAAGGCGGACGAGAAGGCAGAGGAACUGCUAGAUCUAAUGGAGAGAUUAGCAAUCGAUAACUGGUUGCCCGAGGGAACGAUCACACGCAGGGAUACUCGUUCCGAGUCGACUAUCGACAUGGUGCUCGCGUCAGCACCGGUGAAACCCCGCAUGAUCAACUGUGAGGUCCACAUGAAGGUCCACGCGGACUCAGACCACUUCCCAAUCCACUCUCUCGUCGAUGUCGAUACGCAAGUGGCCAAGGACCCGGUGCUGCGCCGCAACUGGAAGGCCACGGAUGAGCCCAAGCUGAUCCAAUUUGUGAACGACAACCUCCAACACUGGCACCCGACCCCAGGCAACACGCAACAAAUCGAACACGACACUGAACGCCUGCUACAAGUGGUGCAGCAGGGGAUCCAGGCCACCGUACCAUGGGCCCGUCCGUCUGCAUUCGCAAAGGAGGGGUGGACGAAGGAGUGCACAGAGGCUAUUAGAACCUGCCGCAGGCUAUUCAGAGAGAUUAGCAAAGCACGAACCGAGGAGGAGAGGGAGGAGAAACACCAGGUAUACGCUGCGAUGCGGAACCACAAAGGUCGAACUAUUAAGAAGGCACUCAGUGUGGGCUUUCGGCGGUGGGUUCGGAAGGCGAGCAGGACCAAAGGAGGGCUCUGGAAGCUGUCUAAAUGGGCUCGUAACCGGCAGCAAACCACCAGUGGCGUGAUCCCCCCGUUGCAGGGUCCCGAUGGCAAUGCCACCAGUGAGGCGGAGAAGGUAGAUCUCCUCCGCAAAACCUUCUUUCCACGACCACCGGAGGCGGACCUGUCAGACCUGGCCCCGGGCCGGCAUGUCCACUACAAACCAACAAUCGAAUUCCCCGACAUCACAGAACAGGAAGUCCGGGAUGCUAUCCACCGAGCACCACCGGACAAGGCCCCAGGCGAGGAUGCUAUUCCCAACCGGAUGUGGAAAAUCCUAGCGGCGAGCUGCGGCAAUUUUGUCCCCAUCAUCACGAGGAUAUUUGAUGCGUGUAUUCGAACUGGAUACAACCCUGAGUGUUUCCAGGCCUCGAUCACGGUGACGCUACGGAAGGGUGGCCCCCGAGACUUCCGGCUACCUAAGUCCUACCGGCCAGUGGCCCUGAUCAACACACUCGCGAAGCUUCUGGAAUCGAUCAUCGCCACACGGAUCUCUGACGCAGUGGAACAACACGCUUUACUCCCGCUAAUUCUGGACCGGGUGCACCGGGCCUGGGGCCGGGGCCGCCAGGCCUCGAUGGUAUUGCUCGAUGUAGCUGGGGCCUACGACAACGUCUCCCAUGAACGGUUGCUGAGCAAUAUCCAAAGGCUCGGGCUCGGGCUCCUGGUUCCCUGGAUUAGGGCCUUCUUAACUAAUCGCAGGACCCGAAUCAAGCUCCCAGGCUAUCUCAGCGAGGCAUUCCCAACCCCAACCGGCAUCCCACAAGGAUCCCCACUCUCUCCGAUCCUCUUCCUCCUGUUCAACGCCCCCUUGGUGAGCACCUGCUGCAAGGAAACCGGGGACGGGAUAACCGAAGGAUUUGGAUGGGUAGACGACGUGGCGAUCGUGGUGGUCUCCGAAUCCUACUACACCAAUACACAACUGCUACAGAAGACCCUAGGCCGGGCCGACCUCUGGGCAAAACGGCAUGCAGCCAAAUUCGCCCCGGACAAGUUCGAACUCAUCCACUUCAAGAACCCUCGAGCACCAGAUAUCAACCAAAAUGACCCAAAUCCCCCAAAUACAGCCACCGGCAUCCCCUCCGACGUGGAUCCCUACGAUUUCGAUGCCUGCCAUCCGCAGGGCAACGAUCAGAUGUCGAUCUCAGUUCCCGGCGGGGGUCAAAUCGAACCAUCUCAGCACGCUAAAUAUCUAGGAAUCUGGCUCGAUAAAACCCUCUCGUUCCAAAAGCACCGGGACUAUGUGAUUGCAAGAGCCAACGGUAGUUUGGAGGCCCUCCGAGAGAUUACAGGGUCCACAUGGGGCGUCUCCUUGCUCAGCAUGCGUAAGGUGUACCAAGCUGUGGUGGUCCCCCAGCUAUUGUAUGGGCUCUCGGCAUGGUACGGUCCGGCGACAGGCAACCUCAAAGCCUGGGAGCGACACCGGGUGGUAGCAGCGCUCGCACGUGUGCAGAAGCGCGCCGCAAUCGCCAUCAGCGGCGCGUUCAAGGGGGUCAGUGGUGCCCUGCUGGACGUAGAGCUCUACAUCCUGCCAAUCCAUCUACAGAUGCAACAAAAUAUUGAAGAAGCCGCCAUUCGAAUCCAAACAAGCCCAACGUGGGCCCAACCAAUGACCCUUCAGUACCAACGACAGCCAAAGCAACGCCGGCUCGGGGGCUGGAGCCCGCUGGAAGCCCUCCGAUGGAAGAAGAACGAAGUCCUGAAUACUCUCACGCCCCCAGAAGGGGUUUGGGAGACCCGCCAUGCGGGCACUCUCCGGCCCUGGGAGCCCCGGAUCACAUGUAUUAUUGGGAACAAUGCGGAAGCAGCCAUUGCUACGCACGAUCGUAUCCAGAAUGAGCUACUGGAUUGGGAACUACAGUCCCGGGUGGAGCCGCACCUCCGAACGUAUCAGAUACCGGAGCAACCACCGAUGGAGAUUUUCUUUACCGACGGCAGUGGCUAUCAGGGCCACGUAGGUGCAGCCGCGGUCUCGCUCCGCCCGAUGGGAGCCAAGGGGAGCCUCUAUUUGAACCGGUACCUGGGGACUACCGAUGAUUCAACAGUGUAUGUUGCUGAACUGAACGGAGUGGAGAUGGCACUCGCAACGUUCAUGAAGGAAAUAGGGACAGACCAGCCUGCAAAGCUGGUUAUCUUCUCUGAUAGCCAAGCAGCUAUCCAAGCAAUUGCCAACCCAAAGCGAUCGUCGGGCCAAUACGUGAUCCGACAAAUAUAUGAACACGUACGAACCCUCCGAUCGCUCACACCCACAUGCAGCCCGAUUCCCGCUGCCAUUGAGAUCCACUGGAUCCCCGCACAUGUGGGUGUGCCGGGCAACGAAGCAGCCGACGUUGAAGCUAAGUUUGCUGCGGAGCACGGGGGUGGGGCGGACUAUCGUGGGGCCGAGGUCCGAUUAGCCUCAUCCGCGCGACGCUGGGUGCGGCAGCGGAUUAAGGAACGAUGGAUGAAGGCGUGGGCGAAGGAGAAGACGGCCCAGCGGUAUCACCAGUUGGUGGAGGCGCCCUCGAAGAAGGUCCUGAAGCUAUACGAAGGACUGCCGAAGGCCUAUUCCUCAAUCCUGGUGCAGAUGCGCUCGCAGCGUAUCGGAUUGAGGCAUUUCCUCUUCAAACAUACCAAUCAGCGGGGGCAGGAUGAUCAGUUCAACGCAGGCCGGUGUCACUGUGACGAGGGCAGUCAGACGCCCAGGCAUGUCCUCCUCCAGUGCCCGUUAUACACCAGCCUGAGGGAGACCAUGUUGAACAAGAUCUGGUAUAAAACCGACCUUGGGCGUACAACCGACUACAACACGAUUGUAUCGGACUCGCAGGCCAUCCGCUACGUGGCCGAAUUCAUGCACCGAACAGGACUCCUCGGUCAAUUCCGCGACGUGGAAUACGAGGAUGUCGACGCAAACAUUGACACGCUCGAAGGGAGUGGGCACUAG